AAAUUUCACACACUUAACUUUCUAAUGAAAAUUAUUCACCCCGUGUGUGUUUUUACCACGAUUUUAAACCCUUAAACUUUUUUUCGCGAGGAAUUUAACAAUUAGGGAAAAAGUAAUUACGUUUUCACUCACGUCACAUUCUUAUCUCUGUCAAUUUUAAUCUUUAUGAAACACGACUGUUUAUGCUGUAUGAUAAAAAAACACGUUUUUUACCGAUUUUUUUAUUAUUAUCACUACCGAAAACCGAAACACUUUUUGUAAAUUUUUUUGUGUUUAAUUGGUUGCAUAACCGAUGGCACUUAACCUCACUUUUUACAACCACAUUUGAAAAUGACUGAAACGGAUAAAAACGCUGUUUUGAAUUUUUUAUUGGAGACAGGUUGUUGCAAAAGGUGUGCGUUACGUUAUAUUGGCGAUGCUGGUGCCGAUUAUGACAAUCCUCAGCAAAAUGGACACGACCAGGGGGCUAAAAAAACAAAAUUAAAUCCUUGUAUCAUCUGUCUAGAUUUACUCCAAGAUGUGACUCUUGAAUCAAUGAUUCAGUGUCAAGAAUUGGAAAAAGUCAAAGAAUAUGACUGCAAGACUUUUAUUAACUUUAUUAGUUUUCCGAUUGCUGUUUUAAUAAGGGAACACAGCAUGGAAAUUUACAUGAAUGAGAAGUUUCCCAAGUUUUUUGAAGAUCAUUACAUUGUCCCCAUAAACAGGGCAUGGUCCUUAUCAAUACAAAACAAAUUGGGCGAAAAGCUUGGUAAAAAGUUCAACAAAGAUUCGUUACUUCAAAUCCAGUUUAACACAAGUUACGAAUUCGAGAAAGAGGAAUCAUCAAUUAUGUUUCUGAUGGAAAGCAAACUAAAAAAAAACAAUGAAGAGAACGAGGGGCUUAGUAGAAACGUAAUUGGUGAAUUUUUAAAAACAAUAAACACCGAACUUUUCAAAAAACAUGCUUCAGUCCCACCUGAAAUACCACGGAAAGCUUUAAGUUUCGACCAAAUGACUUAUAAGCACGAUUUUAUUUUUAUAGCAGGGAGAUACUGUAAAUUUUCACGGAAUCUCUUUCAAACACCUUGGGCCAAUGACGAAGUUCAAGUAAUUAACAGUUCAGUGCAGGAAAUUUUAUUUGAAUCACUAGAAAACGUUUUUAAAUGUAGCAGUUUAGUAUUUUCAUCAAGUGGACGUGAAGACUUCGAUGUUAGAAUGUUAGGAAGAGGGCGUCCCUUCUUCAUAAAAAUAUGCGACCCUAAAGUUACUAAAAUAUCAUUUGAACAGUUCCGUUCAAUCGAGAAACAAAUUGAAAAAACAAAUUUAAUCAAAGUCAGAGACUUGCAGUUUAUUUCACGCAAAUUGGUUAAUAACAUCAAAGAAGGCGAGCAGUUUAAACAAAAGACAUAUAGGGCGUUGUGUGUUGUCGACAAGUCUGACAAAAUCAGUGAUUAUAUUGAAAAAAUCAACAAGUUGAGAAGUCUCAAAUUGCAACAGAAAACACCACUCAGGGUGUACCACAGACGAUCAUCUGACAUCAGGGCGAGAGAGAUUUACAGUAUUGAAGCAAGAUCAGUCACAGGUGCUGAUAACUUAUUUGAGUUAGAUGUGGUGACCCAAGCCGGUACUUACGUCAAAGAAUUCGUCCAUGGAGAUCUUGGAAGAACUAAACCUUCAUUAAGUGAAAUAAUCGGGGGUUACGUCGACAUAAUCGCUUUAGACGUUCUAGACAUCCAUUUAGAUUUUCCACCACGUUUAAAUAAAAAACAAGACUCAAUUGAGUAAUUCUAUUUGGUAACUCAAACAAUACUGGAGUAACAAAACAGUCCGAUGAUAGGAACAUAACAAAAAACAAAUUUUUUGCCCGUGUGACUAGAUGGCAAUACUAAAAUGUUACAAUGCGAUUAUCACAAAUAAAUACUUUGUUUUUA